AUGAUUUUCUUGGAGAACGAUCCACCGUAUGAUGGUGUCCGUAGCCAAAUCUUUGCUCUCAAUCUUGUCCUGCCUCCUCUAGAAGUUUAUGCCAUGGUCAUAGGGGAAGACACUCGUCAGUCUGCUAUGCUCGGAGGAGGUGCGAUGGACCAAAAAGUGGAUCCUGCCCGUAACGAUCAGUCGCCUAUUAGAAUACGAACGGUCGUCUGUCGUCUCAGAGGCCCACAUCUUCCAAUGGUUCUCAUCCUUUUUAAUGUUCUUGUUAGUGUUGUCAUUGCAAUGGUGAUCAUUACUCUAAAAAGUUGUUUUAAGGAGCAUGAUUACUUGGAUUGGUUUGCUGACUACAAAGCUCGUAUGUAUGGCCCCAAGGCUGCUUGUACUAUGACCCAAGACGGGCCAAUCUUUAAGCCCUGUCUGCAAAUUUGUGUGUUUCUGAGACUAUGCCAGUUUCAUGUUCGAGUCAAAGUGUUUCAGACUGAUAACAGAGGUAAAUAUGUGAAUAAUACAUUGACUUGUUUCUUCCGUGAUCAAUGCAUUAUUCACCAAACUACCACUUCAUUCACUCUUCAACAGAAUGGUGUGUUUGAACAUAAGAAUCAUCAGUUACUUGAAGUUGCCCGCUCCCUUAUGUUGGACAUGUAUGUUCCCCAUCACCUUUGGAACCAUGGUGUUUUGACCGCGACCUAUUUGAUUAACCGUACUCCUAGUCGGGUUCUUGAUUUCAAGACUCUGCUUGAUGUGUUGUGUGCUCAUACUUCUCCGGUUUCUGUCUCUAAGUUACCUCCGAAGGUGUUUGGAUGUGUUGCAUAUGUUCAUGUCUAA